GGGGAUCCGACUUGAGACAACUUGGGGGUUAAGAGCAGAGCAAGAGGAGGCGGAGAUCGCUGUGCACCAGCUCCCGGCCAGCAGCAGCGUUCCACCCGGCUCUCAAAUCCAACAAUGCUCUUCACCCUGCUCAAAGUGGCGGUGCUCCUUCUGAGUGUGGAUUGCGAAGCGGCUGCCCGGAAAUCAGAAAAUAAGCGUAAGGAGUUGACAUAUGGCCAUGAAAUAUGUACAUACAAAGCUGACGGUGGGCCUUGCAAAGCUAUGAACAAAAGAUACUACUUCAACAUAUUCACACAGAAAUGUGAAGAAUUUAUCUAUGGGGGAUGUGGUGGAAAUGAAAACAACUUUGAAACCAUGAAAGAAUGUCUGACCAAAUGUAAAGGAAAGGAUCGAAGAAAUCCUUGUCAGUUGGAAGCGGAUAGUGGACCAUGUCGAGGGCUGUUUCAUCGGUAUUUCUAUAAUAAGACGACAAAAAAAUGUGAACAAUUUAUCUAUGGGGGCUGCCUUGGAAACAAGAAUAAAUUCAGAACUGAAAAAGAUUGCCUAAAUGCAUGCCAGAGGCCAAAACUUUUGCGACCUUCAGAUCUUCCAAAUUUCUGUAUGGACCCUGCAGCCAAGGGUGAUUGUAAUAAAUCCAUAACCAAAUAUUUCUACAAUGAAUCCAUUGGCAACUGUCAGACCUUUACUUACAGUGGAUGUGGAGGAAAUCAGAAUAAUUUUAAAACCAAGCAGCUGUGUCGUAAGACCUGCAGAAAAGGAACCAGAAGGCAAUAGUCCAGACAAUUGCCUGAAAAUACAAGAAACCUUCAAACUGAAAGGAAUCAGAUUGUUGCAGGACACCUUGCAAUCUCUUGGAAUUUAAUUUACUCUUAACCUGAAACUGUCACACUCUGCACUUUUUAUACCUUCUUUUUUAGAUUGUUUUCUUGUUUGCAAAAGUAGUGCUAGUGAACAGAGUAACAUGUUAUCAUAUCACCAGCUUAACACCUGCAAACCUAUAUCCAACAUAAGGGGGCCAGUCCCGUGGGCAAUGUCCGAAAGAUGCAGUUGCUGUUGAACCUGAGAGAGUCUUGGUGCCAGGUGUCAUCGGAUGUGGCAAAUUGUGAGGAUGUUUGCAGUGUCAACUUUGUAAAGGAAAAUGACACAUCUUUAUGGAAACUCAAAAUAUUCAACAAAUUUCAUAUUAACUUCAAGUGGAACUUUCUUCCUUCUUCAACCAAAAUUCAGUCUUGUCUUUACUGUCAGAGAGUAGGAUUUAUAGUGAAGUUGGACAUUUCAUUACAAAUUCCAUGACCACAUUAAUUGUCCAGUAAAAAAUGUUCUGAUUGAAUGCAGUAGUGUACAGGCAGCUCGUUAGCCCAGUAAGCUGGUUCGUAAUGCAGAAUGAUGCCAAUAGCAUGGGUCCAGUACGUGGCUAAAGUCACCAUGAAGGUCCGCCUUCUCAACCUUGGCCCUUUCCCAAGGCCGGUGACCCUCAGGUUAACUCACCAUCGUUUUUCUCUCUUAUGAGAAGACAGCCCCAUGGUCCUCUGGAACUAUGGCAACUUUAGCAAGUCUUACUUAAAAUUCUGAUGCUUGGGAUUUAAUCAUUUGAUUGUAUAGUCCUUCAUCCAGUCCCAUUCAGUUUAAUGUGCUUGAUAGCAUGAAUGCAUAAUAUCCUUAUGUUUUAUAAUUAGUUGUAAACUCAGUGCUCAUUACAUUCUUACUUAUUAGCUUACCACAUAGGUACUUUUAUCUUUUAGAGCACUGAUAAAAUACUGAAGACCCAAUUCUCACUGCUACUGUACACUGGAAUAUUUCACAUUUAACAUUCAGGAUACCUUAACUUUGCAGGUAAUCAUAGAUAUAAUGGGCACUUUUCAGGACCAAAAAGUGACAGAAGUAAAUAAUGUUUGGCUUUUACUGUCAUUAUCUGUUACAUUCUCCGCGGCAAUGCCUCUACCAAAUUGAGUUCACUUGUCAACCAAUCCGCAAUCUCCUCUCACACAACAUAAUGGUUGAUUUUCCCCUUGAAUUGGUAUUCUUGUGAAUUGUCCUGAUGAGCACAAGACAAAAACUUCAACAAAAUGUGUCUUUAUAUCAGCAAUAGCAAGAAUUCUUUGGGAAUAUGAAUUUUCUAAAUGAAAAUGGGUUAGUGUACUGUUAUAUCAAAAUAGGCUGCUAUUAGAUUAAGAGUUUGAGAUUAUUGGCUUGUGUGUGUCACAACACAUUUCAACUAAUCUGAUUAUCAUCUUUUAAAUUAAAACAAAUCACAAUGUCAUUAAUAGUCAUUGUUCACAGGGCAUGUUUAAUAUAAUUUUAUGCAAUAUUGGAUUCCAUGGCAUUACAACAUGAGCUCUAAAAGGAAAAACACAGCUUUGUAUUUUAAUCUGAAGGAAAAUCAUUCUUUUUAUGGCUAAUGUACAAUUAUUUUGUUAUUGUGGCAAAAACAUGACUGUAGAUCUGUCUUAAUUACAGCAUUGAUAUGGCAAAUCAGAAAAAUAAAUGCUCUGCUUUUGUUAAAUAAAGUAUUUCAAUAAUC